AGAGAGAGAGAGAGAGUGAGUGAGUGAGAAAGAAAGAGAGAGAGAGAGAGAGAAAGAGAGAGAGAGAGAGAGAGAGUUAGAGAAAUAACGAUCGAGCUUCUUCGAUUCAGAGUGGUGUGUUCUUCUUCGUGAUUACUUUCCCUGGUCCAUCGUGUGAUCGCACGAAUGUCGCGACGCGAUGUCGCCCGAUAACGUACGCGUCGAGCCGCAAAACCUGGCACUCGACGUCACGGCUAUCAUCGGUUCCUCCUGACAAUAUGAGCCUCGUCAAGCAUUGUCGUACUACGCGAUCGCUAAUAAGAGUACUAUCACUAUUGGUACUGCUGGUGCUGGCGAGUGUUCUCCUCAACAUCAUCGCAACCACUGUCGCCGCCGCCGCCGUCGUCGUCGUCGUCGUCGUCGCCAUCGUCAUCAACAUCAUCGUCGUCGUCGUCGUCGUCGUCGUCGUGGUGAAGCAUCUUGCGACUUCUACUGUUGCUCUUGUCGUUGCUGACUCAAGAUCUCUGUUCUAUUUAUCAAAGGAUUAUUAACCUUCAAGGAGAACUCCGUACUCCCGUGUGUGUGCUAUCGUGCCCGUUAAAACCACCCUAAAACACGUGCGACCUUUCCCGUGGGAUUAUCGUUCCUUGUGUGUAUUAUUAUUAUUCGUGUGUCACGAAGAAGAAGGACGACGACGAUUCGUCCUUCUUUAUAUUCUUCUUCGUUGUUUACGUUCUUUACUAUCGGUUUUUUACAUUGAUACUACCACCACCACCACCACCACCACCACUACUACUACUACUACUACUACUACUGCCAUUACUACAAUUACUACUACUAUUAUUACUACUACUACUACUACUACUAUUUGGUGCUUCUUAUACUUAUUCUCGUUUUAUGUGUUUGCGAAUGAUCGUGGAUUUAUUUUCUUCUAUUUUACGUUAUUAUCAUUAUAACAUAUACAUAGUGAGCCACGGAUAUCAAGCGAUGAUGGCAGCGUUCAUGAUCGCCAGCAGCACCAUGGAUCUUUGCCUCAGCACUGUGGUGACAAUGUGCCGCGCUUUCGCGAGCACCUCGACCGAUGUUACGAAUUGGAGCGUUACAAGCUCCAGGUCGAGGACAGGAUCAAGAACGAGGUCGAUCGUAAUCUGCCUUACACUGUUACUAACAAUGGAAGCGAGGAGCAUAGAGGGUACGAACAUGACAAACGCGUCCUCCUCCUCCUCCUCCUCUUCCUCCUCUUCGUCUUCGUCAUCGUCCUCCUCCUCGUCCUCGUCGUCGUCGUCGUCGUCAUCAUCCUCAUCCUUGUCAUCGUCGUCCUCGUCGUCCUCCUCCUCGUCGGCUGUGUCGACGUUAAAGCCGAUUACAACGACGGAAGUAGUUUAUCAACGAUUCGCCAUCGAGCCAAUGGAUCAAACCGCGGUGGUCGGUAGUAGAGUAACGCUUCCUUGCCGAGUUCUUGAUCAAAAGGGACCGAUUCAAUGGACGAAGGACGAUUUUGGGCUUGGUGCUGUUAGAAAUCUCACUGGAUACGAACGUUACGCUAUGAUCGGUAGCGACGAAGAGGGUGAUUUUUCAUUGCACAUAUAUCCGGUUGAGCUUGAGGAUGAUGGCGUUUAUCAGUGCCAGGCCUCGCCGACGAACGACGGUCAACCAGCCUUACGAUCGAGAUUUGCUCGUUUGAGUGUGUUGGUGCCGCCUGAACCACCAAAGAUCCUUCAGGGGGACUUUCUCGUGACGACUGAAGAUCGAGAGCUCGUAAUCGAGUGCGUUAGUGUUGCUGGAAAACCACCGGCAGAGAUCACGUGGAUCGACGGGCGAGGCAACGUGCAACAUAGAGGUAUAGAAACCACCAAGGAACUCUUCGAUGGUGGCCCUUUGUAUACGGUGAAGUCGGUUCUGAAAGUGAUGCCACGUAAGGAGCACGACAAUACCACCUUCACGUGCCAAAGUCAAAACGCGGCCGAUCGGACGCCGCAAAGUGCCAAGUUACGUGUCGAGGUACGUUACGCACCAAAGGUGUCACUAAAAAUCCGUGGCUCUGGUGUAUCGGAUAAGAAACGUAUCGUCGAGGGAACAGAGUUGAGGUUCAAAUGUCGCGCCGAGGGCAAUCCCCCGGAUAUGGAGUACAGGUGGUUUAUCAACGAGAAAAAGGUCAUCGGAGACUAUACGACGGAAAUGAUCAUUCACAACGCGACGCGGGAUCUUCACGAUGCGAUCGUAAAGUGUGAGGUUCAUAACGAUGUCGGCAAAAGCGAAGAAACUGAAACGCUAGAUAUAACAUACGGACCACAAUUUCGACAUCCGCCAGUUUCCGUAGAAACACACUAUGGUGCAACGGAAAUCUUGCAGUGCGACGUCGAUGGAAAUCCCACACCCGAGAUUCUAUGGUUCCAUGAGGAUUCGGAACACGUGGUAGCCACAAGCCCAAAUAUAAGCGUUUUCGUCAGUCCUGAGACAGCAGGACGUUAUUUUUGCAAGGCUCACGUACCAGGUUUUCCUUUACUGACGGGUUCCGCCAACAUUUACAUUCGUGGACCACCUAGCAUAGUGUCACAAAGGAUUCAGUACGUGCCAGACGAGGGAGUGGUCAAGGUAAAGUGCACUGCGAUAUCGGUGCCAAAAGCGGAAUCCGUAGUAUGGAGCUUCGCUGGUCGUGAGCUCAAUUUCUCGUUGAACAAUACGCCGUUCUACGUUCAGGAAGAAUACACGGCGGAGAGGGUCGUCAGCACUGUCACAUUGGUCGAACCAGUAUCCACCUAUUUCGGGGAUUACAACUGUACGGUGACGAACAGUUACGGCACGGAUUCUGUCAUAAUCAACCUGACAGCACACACGUUGAUUCCAGUCGAUUUGCAACUGAUUCUCAUCAUCGUUGGACUCGUUGUCUGCGUGAUCCUGAUUGGGAUUAUUGUUCUACUCAUUCUACAAUGUCGCGAUCGUAUUAAACAGCCACGACCGAGGACGGCACAAACGCAAGAAACCGAUAUGCAAGAAACGGACUCGAACGCGGAUCGAUAUCGCGAGAGCGAUAGAAGCAGCAAUCUCUCGGAUGUCAAAGCGGACAUACGAGCUGGUUCGAGCGUUAGCAAUGCGGAAAGCGUAACAGCACUCGACAGCGAGGGUGAAGGAAGCACUCGAGGAGUUAACGCGUUGGCACUUGCCGGACCCGUUCCGAAUCCCCUUGGCUUUCGUUAUAGCGCAGAUUACACGGAACCAUCUUUUCCACCAAAAAAUAAUGACGGGAGCAACAAUAACGGCUAUGUGCCAUACGUGGAUUACACGCGGGACUACAUGCCACCGACAACGCAAGGAAUGGGAGCGUCACGGGAAUCCUUGAGCAGGAUACCGUCCGGCGGAAUUCUCGCAUCGAAGAAAAUUGGACUGAGUUCGGCGAACUUGGGAACAUCCACUCCACAAACAACGCCGGUCAUCGAUCCACGUUUUUCUGCGACCUAUGGCAAUCCUUAUCUCAGGAUGUCAGCGGCUGAACAGCUGAGGCACGCGCCACAUACGGCAGUGCCCGGAGUCACGCCAGCUCCUCCACCAUAUACUCAAGCAAUGAGGAUGAAUAGCUUAAACACCUUGAAUGGUGCUGGACCACAGGCGCCAUUGUCAGCGCAUUAUAUAACCGGAGGGCCAAACGGUGGUGUGGCAACCGUAAAGCGUACUUCGGCAGUAGGAACAUUAGCGACGCACGUAUGAGGCCAGGGGGUCUAUCCGAACUAGAACCAUCGACGACGCACGGGAGGCGCCAUCUUCGAAGCUCCUAGUCGUAUCCGAGAGGAAGAAGCGUAUCGAAUGGAUGAAGAAUAUCAAGAGCGUUGCUGUUUUCGUCAAAUUUCAUCGUUGGAACGUCGUCGACGUGAAUUCGCCGGAAGAAAGAUAGGAUCAUCCUUGAAAAAUGAGAUAAGGCAAGAACGAAUGAAGCUGUUGGAGAACGGCGAGAUGUUGGGCUACAUCGAUCUCGUUUUAAAGCAAUUGAGAAAAGCUAGCAGAGAUCAUCGAUUACUUGUCGAGCAACGUCAUCUUCGUGACUCCCCGACGUUUGAACGUCAUCAUUUCUUCGAAGCUCCAACUUCCUCGUCAGUUUAUACGAGAGAUUGGAUAAAGAAUAGAACAAGAAGGAGGGAGGAAAUGCAGGAAGAACUCUUGGAGUAUCAUCCACGAACAGCAACGAGAUUGUUGACGAAAAGAAAGACGUACGUCGAUCGAGAAGAAGAGAAAAGAGGUAGGACCUUCGGAUACGGUAAAAGUAGAGGAGCUUUCGAGAGGAUCGUCGAAUCGAGCAGCUGUCGAGAUCCAAAUUACGUUCUCGAUCAAGAAGGAUUCGAGAGGAAACCCUUCGAUCGGCAACUCUUCGACUGGACGGGUAGAUCCUCGACCGGUACCUCGACCGUCGUUUGAUCGUCGGACCAACGAAGAUUUCGACCUGUAAUCCCAUCAGCCUUUUUUCUUCGUUCUUCGUCGUCCUUCGGCGAAAGAAAUCGUUGACGAAAGAGAAAGGAAAAAAGAGAAAAAUAGAGAGAGAGAGAGAGAGAGAGAGAGAAAGACAGAGAGAGAGAGAGAGAGAGAGAGAGAGAGGGGAAGAAGGUAGAGAUAAAGAAAAAGAGACAAGCGUACGUAACAGAGGCGAUACGAAGAUUUCACCUACGUUGAAAAUCGAUGCUUCUCGAUCGACCAUCGAAGGUAAAAUUCUCGAUUCGAAUUUCUCAAAAGAAUUUCAAGCGACGUUCGUUUCUCUCAACGAUUUUUAUCAAGAGAACGUUUCUCAAAGUUAAACGAACUAAUACGUUCUCUCUUAUUCCUCUUUUCAAAUACGAGACGAAUAAGAAAAAAGAAGAAGAGGAUCAAAAAGGAAGAAGAAAGAAGAAGAAGAAAUAUAAUGCUCGAAAUACGCUAACGUAAGGAUAAUGGCUUAAGGACGAUGGUUACGUUCGGAUUUAUAUAUCGAAGAAUAGAUUAUUCUUCGAUAUGGAAAACAGACCACUCGGUAUCGACAAUCCACUACUGACAUAUUUUAGAUCUCGAUAAGCAUUUAAACGAUUCGUUCGAAUUGACGAAAUUCUCGUCGAGAUGACGUGGAGAUGAUAACGUCGAGAUAACAAUCGAGGAACGAGAAUACAUCGAUUUCAUGUGCUCUUUCUCUCUUGAGCAUUCCUAGAACUAAUUAGCGGAAAGAGAGCAUUGUACUGCGAUUCGUGAAAAAGAGAGAGAGAGAGAAAAAAGAAACAAAAACAAAAAAAGAUAGUAAAAAGAAAAAUAAUGUGACUCCGUAUACUUCGUCGUUCGGUGCGUUUACGAUCUGCCAGAUAUAUAUAUAUAUAUAUAUAUUAUUAUAUAAAUAUAUAUAUACAAAUAUUUUUUUUUUAUUUCAUUUUGUUUUGUUAUUUUCUAAAUCGAGCGUUCUUUCGAAUCGAAGCCGAUUAAAUUUACGUUUAAUGUUCGCGCGCGGAUCACAAACAUUGACAACAAAAAAACAAAAAAAACAAAAAGGAAGAAAGAAAGAAAGAAAAAAAUUUCAAUGGAACGCGCUUUUCCUCCGUUUUCGAUUUAAAUAGUCGACGGACUAAUGGAAUUUUGAAUCCGCCCUCCCGCCCCCCACCCCCACAUAGCAAGGGAAAGGAUUAAUAUCAAUCGGACUAUUUCUGUUUUUGUUCUCUUUAUGAUUUUUUGUCCUUUUCCUUUUUUCUCUUUUUUUUUUCUUUUUUUUUUCUUUUUAUUUCUUUUUUUUUUGCUUUUUUUUUUUUUUUUUUUUUUUCCCUCUACCUUCUUUUUCAACGUUAUCCGUAGAGAGGGAAAACAGAUGGCAAAGGAAUAAACGGAAAGUGCAAUACAUAGGGUCGGUUCUCGCAUGGGAUUUUGAUAUUGCAAUAAAAACCCUUCCUCCUCUCCUUUCCCUCCCUUCCCUCAUUUCCCUCCUUCCGCCAACAACCCCCGAAAACCGAAAACGAAGGUUGAAAAUAGAUAUCGGCAUCUCUUUCCGUAAUCCCCGAAGUAUUCAAAAUACGGGUCGCGUUUGUAAAAUUAGAUAGCACAAACUGGUUAGACGUAUUAUUACGAUAUUAUACAUAUAUACAUAUGCAUCCUUUGUCAAUACGAAUCCUAGGGCCUAUAUAGGUUUCUUUGAUGGCGCUAAAAAAAAAAGGGAAAAAAAAAUGGCAAAACUCUAUUUGAAAUAAGCACGUUUGUAAUUGGCGAACGGCUUCCUGUAAAUAUAUUCCUCGAGUAAGGAUAAUAAUAAUAACGAUAGUAAUAGAUAAAAUAAUAAUAAUAAUAAUAAUAAUAAUAAUAAUAAUAAUAAUAAUAAUAAUAAUAAUAAUAAUAAUGAUAAUAAUAAUAAUAAUAAUAAUAAUAAUAAUAAUAAUAAUAAUAUUAUUAAUAGCGAUAUAAAAUUAUAAAUGACGAAAGGCAAUUAACGCUUUUCGACAAAAAAUACAAUUUUAUCUUGAAUUUCGAAACUCGUUCCUUGCUUGCUUUCUCUCGACGUUUAUAUCGUAUUUCUACAUUGAAGCGAUUGCGAAUUCGUAACUCGUUCACGAGGAUAAAAGAGAAAUAAACGAUCAAAUCAAAUUCAAAGUGAAAAGAAAUAUAUGUAUAUAUAUAUAUAUAUAUAUGUAUAUAUAUAUACACAAAAUUUUUUACGAAUGUGUCAUUCCUCGUCGAUGAUCUACGUUAAGGUUGAUCCUUAAAGCAUAGCAAACGAUACAUCUGUUGAUAAAGCCGUUGAAAUAAAUAAAAAGAUAACGAAACAGGGUAGCCUAUCAAUUAUUAAAAGACGUUGAUCCGUGGAAAGGCUGCGCUUUAGGGAUCAGACCAUCGCAGAUUCGCUUUAAACAUCGACGGAAGUAUCGUUGAAAAAGCAUGAAUACUCAAACACGAGGUUUACUGUCGUGCAUUUUGUUUUUUAAUUUUUUCCUUUUUCUUUUUUCUAAAAGUCUUUUCCUUUUUUCUUUAUUUUCUUUUUGUUCUCUUCUUAAAUCUUUUUCGAGAUAACGAACGAUAUACGACUAAGGAUCGGAUACGUUUGAAUCUUCUUGAUAGAUAUGUUUAUAUAUAAAUAUAUAUACAUGCAUAUACACGUACACGAUAAAACCUACAUAUGUAUAUACAUAUACAUAUUUACGUAUCAUUCUAACAAAGCGUGUAAUAUACUUUUGUGUAAAUAAAAACGACUCUUGACGUCGCUCGGCGUAUCUCUUAAGGUCUUUAGUUAGUUUUAUAACUGUGAAUCAUUAUGUGCAUAUCUCGCUCUUAAAUACAUACAUAAAUUGCGGACGAUUUACGCGAUCGUGUCGAUUAUUCUCGAGCAAUAAGAUUUAAAGAACUUUUAGAUCUUCAUUAUUCUACAUUUUCGAUGCCGGGUGCAUCGAAUUUUUGAACAAUGUAUGUAUACUAUAUAAAUAUAUAUUCCUUGUAUGAUAUAUAUAUACAUGUGUAUAUAUAAAUAUACUUAUACACAAGGAUAUAUACUUGCAUACACGUAAACACAAUCAUUUCUUAAGUUCGAGAUUCGUCUCG